AUGCACCCAGCCAGGAGAGGAUGUGCACCAAUUGUUCCCUCAAUUCUCCUCUCCUGCUCCUCCUCCUUCCUCUGGAGCUUCCCUGGCCUCCCUCCUUUGCUGCUGCUGGCACCCCAGAUGCUGAGUUUGCUCAUGCUGCCUAGUCCCCUCAUGGUCUGCGGGCGCCAGGGCCCUACGAAGCGAAUCGUUGGGGGCUCGGAGGUGCAGGAUGGGGAGUGGCCCUGGCAGGUCAGCCUGCGACUCAAUGGCACCCACCACUGCGGGGGGUCCCUCGUCGCCCCACAGUGGGUGCUGACGGCAGCUCAUUGCUUCAGAAAGACCAGGAACCCUUCCCAGUUCUCAGUGCUACUUGGGACCCACAAGCAGCUGCACCCCAGCCCGCCUGCUGUCACAGCCUCCGUGGGGCAGAUUGUCCCCAACCCCCGCUACGGGGGCAAAGUCUCCAGUGGGGAUAUCGCCCUGGUCCAGCUAGAGAGGCCUGUGAACCUCACCAACCGCAUCGUCCCCAUCUGCCUCCCGGACGCCCAGGUCCAGUUCCUGCCAGAGACCAAGUGCUGGGUCACUGGCUGGGGGGAAGUCAAUGAUAGAGAGGACGGCAAAGCCCUAGAGAUGCUGCAGAAGCUGGAGGUGCCCAUCAUCGCCCAGGCAACGUGCGAUGCCCUCUACCGCAGGGGCAAAAGGCAGAACAUCCAGGAGGACAUGCUGUGCGCCGGGUACACCGAAGGGGGCAAGGACGCCUGUCAGGGUGACUCCGGUGGGCCGCUGGUGUGUAAAAUGGGACAGAGCUGGGUCCAGGCAGGAGUGGUGAGCUGGGGAGAAGGCUGUGCUCAGAAAAACCGCCCCGGCGUUUACGUCCGAGUCACCAGUUACCACGGCUGGCUCCAAGAGACCGUCCCAGGCCUGGCGUUUGUCCAGGGCACCACGAAUGGAACAGUCCACAGAUCUGCGGCUAACAGGAAUCGCGGGGAAAAAAUCAAAGAUGGCAGCUUCAGUCAUGCGCCCAUGGUGCUAGCCAACACCCUGCUUCUUGUGGCUUGUGCCCUGCACCUCAUCUGGAUUCUGUCCCAGACACCACUGGAGCCAGGUGCCUCUGGAGAAAUGUGGGGCAUCAGAGGUCUAAGCUGUCUGCUGGCCAUUCGACUGCUGCCCUUGCUGGAAGCUUGUGAGCAGCCAAAGGGAUCUCCCCGCAUUGUGGGAGGUAAUGAUGCCAAGAAUGGGUCCUGGCCCUGGCAGGUCAGCAUCCGUGAAGGCAGCAGCCACGUCUGUGGAGGGUCCCUCAUUGCUGAGAGCUGGGUGGUAUCAGCAGCUCAUUGCUUCGAUGGGGACAAGUCUGCCUAUCAUGUGAACCUAGGGGAAUAUCAGCUCCUGAACCCCUCUGAAAGUCUGGUAUCUUUUCCCAUCAAGGAGAUUUACCGCCACCCCAGCUACACUGAUAUCGGGUCCAGCGGUGACAUCGCGCUGGUGGAGCUGGAAACCCCUGUGAACUUCAACAGUGUUAUUUGUCCCAUCUGCCUUCCGGCCUCCUCUGUGGAGUUCCCUGCGGGCAUGGAAUGCUGGGUGACCGGCUGGGGUGACACUCAGUAUGGAGGGAGCCUGACAGCCCCCAAAACCCUGCAAGAGGUGCAGGUUCCCCUGAUAGACAGAAACACCUGCAACAGCCUCUUCAACACCGGCUCAUACCCAGACGACCCUCAGGGGAUCGAUCCCAUCAAGCAGGAUAUGAUCUGUGCAGGGUAUCCACAAGGGGAGAAAGAUGCGUGUCAGGGUGACUCUGGGGGACCCUUGGUCUGCGAAUGGGACAGCGCUUGGCUCUUGGCUGGGGUGGUGAGCUGGGGUGUGGAAUGCGCACGCCCCAACCGCCCGGGGGUCUACAUCCUGCUGCCCCCCUACGCUGACUGGAUCCAGGGCUACAUCCCCACCAUACCCUUCAUCAGGGAGAACCCAAGCAGGUACAACAUCUCCUGA